AUGGCGGGCGUCGCCGGGGACCUGCUACACGAGAGUCUCAUCGAGCUGUGCGUGGACACCGACCUGAGAGCGUUCCAUCUGUCAAUCGAACAUCGCAACCAGACCAACGACUCUGUUACCCUGGAGGCCGCCCAGGACGUUGUCGAGAAGUACCACUUGAAGCACACGUGGAUGUCGCCCAACGCCGCCAUUCGCAACACCCUUGGCGGUGACGUGUUCCGGAAGCCCAACGCCAGCCGCAACAUCCCUCCGCUCAUGAAUCAGUGGCGCAGGUCCAUCAUCACCGCGCGCCACGCGUUCGGCGACCAGUACAACAGCCAGGACUUCGUGGUCCCCGGAUCCGGCACGCUCCAGAUCAAGUACUCGCCCUCCAUCGGAGCUCCCUACAACCAUGACGAGAUCAACGACACGAUCACCCUGCAGGCCACCCAGGCGCUCGAGGUGCACAACGUGGGCGGCGUCAAGUGCGCCAUCACGUCCUAG